GUUGAGCUGUUUCGGCUUGUGAAGCGCGAGAGAGAAACAGACCGCCAAAUUCUGGCCUUCUCCAGUUCGCACGAUCAUCGACUUGUCAGAAUCAACGGUCACUAUCCCGUGAUAGAUGGCAAAACCACAAAGUACUACCGCUACCCGAUCCGUACAUUCGACUUUACUGAGCUUGAUGGCAAGGAAAAGUGGACGGCGUAUCAAUUCACAAGGAACGUCUACCCUGUUUGGGUACCGACGCACUUCAAGAGGAUUUGCUCAAUCAUCGACCAGAUGCUGUCCAAAUUUGGAUUUCGAUGUCCCAGAGCUUCCGGAAACUGGCCUUUCCCAAGAAUUUGGCAAUUAUCACCUUUCGCAGUCAGAUGUUGA